GAAGCUGCUGACGGACGCGACGGCGCCGCUCGUCGUUUUUAUAAACACCAGCGAGCCGCCGACACCGCGCCGCUCUGCCCUUCCCACCGCACGCAGCCCAAACCCCCCUCCCUCCCAUCCAUCAUCCCCGUCCCCGACCUCUCCUCCCACAGUCCCACCUCGAACCGUCACAUCGCAUCGGCCAAGCGGCGCGCGCACGCGGACGCGAGCUAAACCCAACCCCCAAGACCCGGCAGGCGCGGGGGGGAGGAGCGGGAGGAAUGGCGGGCGCGGCGGCGCGGAAGAAGCGGGUGGGGAGGUACGAGGUGGGGCGCACCAUCGGCCAGGGCACCUUCGCCAAGGUCAAGUUCGCCGUCGACGCGGAGACCGGCGCCGCCGUCGCCAUGAAGGUGCUCGACAAGGAGACCAUCCUCAGCCACCGCAUGCUCCACCAGAUCAAAAGGGAAAUAUCAAUAAUGAAGAUCAUAAGACAUCCCAACAUAGUUAGGCUUAAUGAGGUGUUGGCAGGGAAGACAAAGAUAUACAUAAUCUUGGAACUUAUCACUGGAGGUGAACUGUUUGAUAAAAUAGCUCACCAUGGGAAGCUUCGCGAGAAUGAAGCCCGGAAAUACUUCCAGCAGCUCAUUGAUGCCAUUGAUUAUUGCCACAGAAAAGGAGUUUAUCAUAGGGAUUUGAAGCCUGAGAAUCUGCUUCUUGAUGCGCGUGGAAACUUAAAAGUUUCUGAUUUUGGACUUAGCACACUGUCUCAGAAUGGAGUAGGCCUUCUUCACACAACAUGUGGAACUCCGAAUUAUGUUGCUCCUGAGGUGCUAGGCAGCAAUGGAUAUGACGGAUCUGCAGCAGACAUUUGGUCAUGUGGUGUUAUUCUCUAUGUUUUAAUGGCUGGUUACCUUCCCUUUGAGGAAAAUGACCUUCCAAGCUUGUAUGAAAAGAUAACUGCAGCUGAGUAUUCAUGCCCAUAUUGGUUCUCUCCAGGAGCCACGUCAUUGAUCCGGAGAAUACUUGAUCCAAAUCCAAGAACUCGUAUCACUAUUGAAGAAAUAAGGGCAAACCCAUGGUUUAAGAAGAACUAUGUAGCUAUUAGGCGUAGUGAAGAUGAAAUUGUCAGCCUGGAUGAUGUCCAGGCAGUUUUUGACAAUAUUGAGGACAAGUAUGUAUCUGAGGAGGUUACUCACAAGGAUGGUGGUCCUCUUAUGAUGAAUGCCUUUGAGAUGAUUACACUAUCGCAAGGUUUGGAUCUCUCAGCGUUGUUUGAUAGGCAACAGGAGUUUGUCAAGCGCCAAACUCGUUUUGUCUCAAGAAAACCAGCUAAGACUAUAGUAGCUACAAUUGAAGUUGUUGCUGAGUCUAUGGGUCUCAAGGUCCAUUCCCAGAAUUACAAGCUACGGCUCGAAGGCACGUCAUACAACAGGAUGAGCCAAUUCGCUAUUGUUCUAGAGAUUUUUGAAGUUGCUCCUUCUCUGUACAUGGUCGAUGUUCGAAAGGUUGCCGGUGACACUCUGGAAUACCACAGGUUCUACAAGAACUUAUGCAGCAAACUCGACAGCAUAAUCUGGAGGCCAAUCGAAGUUUCUGCGAAAUCCACACUGCUGAGGACGACCACUUGCUAGCCCAGCACCGCCACUGAUGAGUUACAUACAGAACAACGUGAUUCCUGGCUUUCGAUGACAUGAGCUUCUGUUAAAUCUGGCAAUGCUUUUGAAGCUGGGAUUUCGUGAUGGUUUUUGUAGCUGGGAGUCGUGAUGGUUUCUGAAGCCGCUUCUGCAGGCGACAUGUGUACCAUAGCUGAGUCUUUAGUAGAUGAAACGAGGCAGCUUGCAGCAACAGAUGAUUGUACUGUAGUGAUGCUAGUGUAGAUAGUCUGUAUAGCGCCAGUUAUGCAGCCUGUACGUAAUAGGGACCUGAACUACCCGUUAGAAUCGAUUCCUUGUGUAUGUAUCCAGGAAAUAAGCUGGCUCAUGUGCUCGUGCCAGAUCUUGUAAAUGCUUGGAGGAUCCAAGACUCUGAUGCGUUGAAAGGCAUCAAAAGAUUCUGCUGACUCAGCUGGAAUUACUUGUUGACAUUUAAAACUGAUCGUUGGAAAUUAUCAAUUUAGGCCUUGGUUUAGGAAA